UUUUAAAAAUUAAAAUAUAACAUAUACAAAAAAAUCUAAUUUUUAUUAAAUGGUUAAUAUAGUUGUUUAAUCUAUUUUACUAAUUUAAAAUUAAACAAAUAUGAUAGAGAAUGCACUAAUUUUUAUCAAAUCUUAAUUAUUCAAAAUCAUUAAUUUUCAUAUAUAUUUUAGAUACAUUAGAAAAUUUCGUAAUUUUUAUUUAAGGGAAGAAUGAAUAACAUUAAUUAAGAAUUUAUAGUUAGUUUAACAAAAUCUUAUUAUAUAUUUAGAUGGACCAACCUGUACAGAUUUUAAGAUUUAUUGUGGUGACGAUACAUGACUCAUGUAAUUUCAUGAUAUUUAGGACUGUAAAUGCAAUUAUGCAUUAAGCAAAUUAACUAUUGUCUUUUUGCAAUUUUUAAUAUGCGAUUUUCAUUUUUUUUUUCACACAAAAAGGAAAGCAACGGUCUCUAAACUAUCCACCAUCUCUCUCCUCGUAACAUUGUCCUUCAACAAAGACGAAAAUGGCUGAGAAUCCAUGGCAGCCUCUUCUCCAUACCUUCGAGAAACUAUCGAAUUGCGUCCAAACUCAUCUCUCCAACUUCAUCGGCAUCGAAAACACUCCUCGUUCGUCACCCACAAUCCAAAACCCAAUCUCCUCAGACUCUUCCCCAACAAUCACAAUCAACAGUUCUAAUCUUCAGAAAAUUCCCCUCAAGGACAAGCCUAUAGGUCCUGUGACUAAAGAAGAUCUCGGAAGGGCUACUUGGACAUUUCUCCACACUCUUGCUGCGCAGUAUCCAGAAAAACCAACAAGGCAGCAAAAAAAGGAUGUUAAAGAACUGAUGGCAAUACUUUCUCGAAUGUACCCUUGUAGAGAAUGUGCAGAUCACUUCAAAGAGAUCCUAAGAUCGAAUCCUCCACGAGCUGGAUCUCAGGAGGAGUUCUCGCAGUGGCUUUGCCAUGUACACAAUACCGUAAAUAGAAGUUUGGGGAAAUUGGUGUUCCCUUGCGAGAGAGUGGAUGCAAGAUGGGGCAAGUUAGAGUGCGAGCAGAAAAGUUGUGAUCUUCAUGGAACUUCUAUGGACUUCUAGACCUCAUUAUAUUUUUACAAAUUUACGACCGAUUUUAUUUACUAUUUUAUGGAAAGACAAUUCCAACAAAGUAAAAUUAGGUUGUAUUAAUUACAAAUAAUGAAUAAAUAAAUAAAUAAUAUAAAUGGUGGAAAACAUAUAGAUCGUG